CCAAAUACUUUCGCAAAGAUGACAGCUGGACGGUUCACCAUGCGAAACAACCACCAACAGCAAAGGAAUGACAUCCUAACUAACAGAUCGGAUGAACGACCGCUGGGUGCUGUGAAGAAACCAGCAAACAGUACACCGGUUGGAGCUAAGAAAAUGAGAAUCGACGAUGAACGCCAACAGCUGAUCAAAGAUCGGAACGUGGAAGUAUCGUCUAAAGGAGCCGGGUUGGAGAAUCGACAUGUUGUUAGCGAACGGGAACGUUGGGACAACAUUAUCAGAAAAGCCAACGUCGACGCACAAGAAACGGCGAACCGCAACGUUCGGGGUGAACUCGCGAACUUUUACACGGCCUUGAUCCAAUGCCCUGGGGUCACAGAAGAACUACAGGAAACGAUAAAAGAGUAUUCUAAAAAAUAUUUGAACCUUGAAAGCAUUAUUGCAUAAAAUACAUUACAUACCACACGGAAUUUUCAAUUAACUAAUCUCAUAUUUAUCU